AUGAUGCGCUGUUCGUAUCCGCGGGCAAGGUGGUUGAGGAGGCGGAAGGCGAUGGGGGCGUUGCUGGUGUGGCUGCUGGUGCUGCUGCUUGGCCAGUACUGCCUUGUCCACGUGUUUGCACCACGACAGCCGGAUGUGGUGUCGAUUGACGCUCCCGGCCCAACGUCGUCAGUGGCUCGGCAGCCGCCACGGACGUCUGCGACGUCAGAAAGAAGGACGGAGCCUAGGGCCGCGCCCCCACUCGUCGUCCGCCUUCCACGAGAAUUUGAGGAGGCUCUGCAUACGUUUGAGGCGAAUUUGCGGAUUGUGGAGGGGCUCGCGGGGAAUCCGGAUCAGCCAACAGAUGACUUUACUGACAUUCUUGAGUUGCCGGGCCCAGGAAUUCCGCUGCCGCACGACGCCAGCCACGUUGCCCACACCGAAGCGUGGGAGGCGUGUGACCAGCGGAAUGCGGAAUUCACACCGAAACGCGAUGCGUUGUGUCAGUCGUAUCUUUCUGACCUGAACAACAUGCGCUACAUCAAGGCCAUGUCGUCGCGUCUCUUCGAAGGCCGUACGAUCAAGUUCCGUGUGCGCUACGCCCACAAUGAGAUUGAGGCAAUUGUAAAGGUGUCGCAGCAGAAUUUUUACUUUGAGGCGACGAGCGAGUACUUAGCCUUCUCCAUCGACCGUGCCCUCAACUUCUCGCGGGUGCCCAUUUCUGUCUUUGUGCCGCUGCCGCUUAGUUACAUGAAGGCCGCUACCGCCUACUCGCCGCUUUUUUCGCAGUGGAUUGAGCGAUUUGUAUUUCAGUACAAUUACACCACCCGAAACUUUGUUCCAUGCACCUUUUCCGGCGUGCCUCUCGGCGAGAGCUCUCUCUGUGCCUACGUGACCAUUCAACUGUGGAUGCACGACGUGCAUCCAGCUCUGUCCACGUUUUUGGCACUUCCAUAUGAGUACGAUGCCGCGUUUGCGGCAAAGUACUACACGAUUGGGCAUAAACUGUGGCCCCCAAAGAGUUCCCGUCUUCGCGCCAUUGGUGACAUUCUGGAUCGCUUUAUUUUUGACUUUUUGAUUGGCAACACCGAUCGCGGCAUGAACGAUCACAAUAACUUUGUCUACGGCGGAUGCAGCUUCAAGACGACCUGCCAGCGUCCUCCGAUGGAGAGGCGCAUUUUGGGGCCUGCCAAAUAUGCAUUCCUCGACCACGGUAGCAGUUUGUAUUCGCACCAGGAGCCAAAGGGUAACGCCUUCUUUGGGGAGAUGGACCGCAUUCGUGUUUGCCGCUUCCGCCAGUCGACUUAUGAGUCCCUGCGCAGCUACAGGGAACCCACACCGUCACACCCACGGUUCCCACUUGUGAUGCACAUUCGUCAAAACACGUCGCUGCACAUAUUUCGUGUGACGAGCCUCUCCGUUUUUAAGAAGGUUCAGGUGCGUCUAGAUAAACUCUUGAGAAUUGUGGAACGCUGCUUAGAGCGCUAUGCGCCGUCCGAGGUGUUUAGCCUCCCCGCAUACUGGGAAGUGCACAUCCCCGAGGAGGGAAAUGACAAUGAAACGCCAGAUGUGGUGAAUCCUGAUUAG